UUCGGCCGCCUCGUCCGCCAACGCCAUCGAGUUGAAACACCCGUUUUACUGGUCCUUAGCUCGGAGAUGUAUGUCUAUCUCCGUUUUUACAGCAUUCUGCUGCGGUGAGAGGGACAUUCAAGCGGGAUGCGGAGGUGGAGAUUCAGUUUUUCAGCAUACUGCAGACUACAAAAGUAUGCCGUACGAGCUCCGAAGCCGACUUGUAUCGACGGCCGAAGCCUACCAAUGAUGCACUUUGGGCGGCAGACCCCUUGUGACCACUCGUCCUCCGCAUUCGCCCGGCCCCUACCAGCCCACAUUUCUGGACAUCGAACAGCUUACAGCUGGACUUUCAAUAACGCUACAUGAAUGGUACGAUGUCUAUGAGAGAAGAGGUAGCGCUCCAAGAGCUUCGUCGCUCGCCCGAGCACAUUCACGCAGAGCAUCACGGUCAGGCGGAACCUGAAGACGUUACACGAGAGGGAGAGCACCAGCCAAACGAGGCGUCGCGCGAUGCGGAGGAGGAGUGGAGGCCGUCGAGGAAGUAUCAGGCGGUUCUACUCACAGCCGGAUUCGCGAUGAUCUUCCAAGUCAUCGGAAUCAACUCCAUCUACGGUAUCUUCCAGGAGUUCUACACAUCGCCCAAUACGAACAUCAAGAAUGCACAAGGGCAAGACGCACUCGUGUCGCUCGUCGGAACGAUAGGCACCGGUCUGACCUGGAGCGGCGGCAUCUUCGUAAACCCUCUGAUUGCCCGCACACAGCGCAUACAAUGGAUAAUGCUCGCUGGCGUCUGCAUCAUGAGCCUCGGCAUAUUUCUCGCCAGCUUCUGUACAGAACUCUGGCAUCUAUACCUGACUCAGGCAAUUCUCUAUGGAACUGGUGCCUCGCUCUACUACUUCCCCAUCCUUGCACUGACACCAGCAUACUUUGAUCGGCACCGUGGCUUCGCGCUCGGCUUUAUCUUAUCGGGUGCCGGAAUCGGUGGUCUCAUCUUGUCCCCCGUGAUGAGCACGCUAAUAUCGCACAUCGGUAUUGGCUGGGCAUUGAGGAUUCUCGGCGUCUGGAACUUCGCGGUCGGGAUCCCAGUCUCGUUCGUAGUGAAAAAGAGGGGCAACGUCUACAAUUCGGGCCGCGCGAGCACGAGGGUUGACCUCAGCGUCGCGAAACGUGGAGCAUUCAUCUGGCAGGCCUUUGGCGCGUUCCUGCAAGCAGGUGGAAACGUGGUUCCCACAUACUUCCUUACCACCUACUCCGUCUCCGUGCUCUCGUACUCCUCGAGCAAAGCCUCGCUCCUGCUUGCUAUCAACAAUGCGGUGAACAGUGUCGCACGCAUAGCCAUGGGAAUACUCGCAGACAGGGUCGGCCGACAGAACACUCUAAUAGUCAGCGUUCUGCUGUCUGCGAUCUCCGUCCUCGCGCUCUGGCCGUCCGCACCUCGUCCGCGCUUCGUCGCCUUCGUCGUCUCGUACGGCGUCCUUGCCGGUGGAUACAACGCCCUCCUACCCACGACAAUUGCCGAAGUGUAUGGCGUGCAGCACUACACCAGCGUGAACAGUGUCAUCUACUUCAUCCGCGGCAUGGGCGCGCUCUUCGGGGCGCCGCUCGCAGGCGUCAUCCUCGGGAGCCAUCAGCGCGGGCUUGGCAUGCAUAGCGGGACGUCGAUGAUGGACCUGCACGCGCUGAGGACGAAGUACAACCAGGUUGCGCUGUACGACGGGGCAUUGCUCCUUGCGGCCGGUCUCUGUGUCGCAUAUGUUAGGUGGUCGGAUGCACGGUACAGAGGGCGGUGGCAGUGGAAAGCCUAA